UUGAACGUUCUUUACGAACGAAACUGGACGAGACUGGUGCACGAGCAGCUUCACAAAUUCGAGUCGUCUAUAGUAGCAGCAGCGCGACAGUCACCAGAAGCACAAUCUCCAGAGCUGGCUUUAGAUAACCAAUGGACGUUUUCUAGAGCCUUGAUCUAUUGUAUAACUCUCAUCACUACAAUAGGCUACGGUAAUGUUUCUCCACGCACGGCUGCUGGGCGAGCAGCAACAGUGGCCUACGCAGCAGCUGGAGUGCCGUUGACUCUGGCAUGCUUGGCAGGCCUAGGUGCAUCAUUAGCUCGGCUCGUGAGGAUAGCAUGGCUCAAGGCUACUAAAAACAAGACGCCUAAUACUUGGAGAAAGGAUGGUGAAGUAUGCCUGGAAAAUCAUUUUCAACUACACGAACAACAACGUCUUCUCCCACAUCAAGCGCUCAAUAAUCAGUAUACAUCUUUUCCACCACGAUCAAAUAGAUAUACUGAAACUGUUAAGGCUAGAGCUGGUGAAAAAGGACAAUAUUCUCAAGUAUUUGAAAAGGCACCAGCUAGUCCUAGAGCGGCGACAUUAAGUCGUAUGAAACGGAGUACCCUUACUGACGAACCUCAUUCAUCAGCGAGUUUUCAAACGCAGACAUUAGACAGAAAAAGAACCAACAUGAAAUGUAUGGCAACAAUACAUGACCCAGGGAGAGAACGUCCAAGAGGCUCUAUUCAAAGACCUCGGGAUGUCGCCAUAGAUCAACUCAUAGCAGAAGAAUGUGGGGAAAUCGUUAUGAAUAGUUGUCCAGAAGAUCUCGACGAUUCAGAAGAUACUGAUGAAAUAAUGUGUCCUCAUGAUACACCAUCACGCGUGCCUUUAAUAUGGAAUGAAGAACACCAAAAAAUAAAGAGUUGUGCAGUUCCAAGUUGCAGUACAUCCACAAGCGUUCCCCACCAGAGUCACAGCAUAGAACACUGUCAAAUACCAGCUGGAAUAGUGUUAUUUUUGUUACUCGGAUACAUUUGUAUCGGUGCUGCUAUAUUUUCCAUUUGGGAAAAUUGGAGUUUCCUCGACGCAGCUUACUUUUGUUUUAUAGCUCUAGCAACAAUUGGUUUUGGAGAUUUUGUUCCAACCAGCUUUCUUACUUCAAAACAAAAUGCGGAAAAUUCUAAAAACGAAUAUAUACAAAUGAUUGCUUGUUGUGCAUAUUUAGUUUUCGGACUUAUAUUAAUAGCAAUGUCGUUUAGUCUUUUACAGGAUGAAGUUGUGGCGAAAUGCUCACAAUUAGCGAACAGUCUCGGUAUAUCUCGACAAUGA